UUAGAUAAUAUUAUUAUUUUAUUUGAAUGGGAACAUCUCUGCUGAUCGCCUUCCUUCGUGUCAUAUGCAGGGAAAUACUUUAAACUCCUCGGAAUACGCAUCAAGCAUUACAAGGAGGUGUGGCUCACUGGUGGCGCCAUGUUGUCGGGGGACGAGCUCCUGUCCAGCACGCGGCAGGUGAUCGCAGGCCUGGAGGCCCUGCGGGGGGAGAACCACACCCUCCUGGACAGCCUGCAGGGGGUGCAGCCGAGUCAGCCAUCUGAGGAGAGCGGCAGCCUGGAGCAGGAGAAGACCGGCAUCAUCCAGGAGUCCCUGGAGAGGAUCGAGCUGGGCCUGGGGGAGGCACAGGUGAUGAUGGCCCUGUCGGCCCACCUGGGCUCCCUGGAGGCGGAGAAGCAGAGGCUGCGGGCGCAGGUGCGGCGGCUGUGCCAGGAGAACCAGUGGCUGCGGGACGAGCUGGCCGCCACACAGCUGCGGCUGCAGGAGCGAGAGCAGGAGCUGGUCACCCUGGAGGAGCAGAACCGCCACCUGCACUUCAUGGGCACCAUCCGCAAAUACGACCAGGAUGGGCCGCCGCUGGAUGACCAAGAAACCGCCACUGCCAAGGAGUCCCUGGAUGACCUCUUUCCCGCUGACGAGGAGGAGCAGUCGCAGAUCUCUCAGCAGCACAGCAGUGCGGCGGCAGCAGCCCAGCAGGGGGGGUACGAGAUCCCGGCCCGCCUGCGAACGCUCCACAACCUGGUGAUCCAGUACGCCUCCCAGGGCCGCUACGAGGUGGCCGUGCCCCUCUGCAAGCAGGCCCUGGAGGACCUGGAGAAGUCUUCAGGCCACAGCCACCCCGACGUAGCCACCAUGCUCAACAUCCUGGCCCUGGUCUACAGAGACCAGAACAAGUAUAAAGAGGCCGCCAAUUUGCUGAACGAGGCCCUGGCCAUCCGGGAGCAGACCUUGGGAGUGGAUCACCCCGCGGUGGCAGCCACUCUGAAUAACCUGGCAGUGCUGUAUGGCAAGAGGGGGAAGUAUAAGGAGGCGGAGCCACUGUGCAAGCGGGCCCUGGAGAUCAGAGAGAAGGUGCUGGGCACUGACCACCCAGACGUGGCCAAGCAGCUGAACAACCUGGCCCUGCUGUGCCAGAACCAGGGCAAGUACCAAGAGGUGGAGGAGUACUAUGAGCGCGCCCUGCACAUCUACCAGAGCCGGCUGGGCCCCGACGACGCCAAUGUGGCCAAGACUAAGAACAACCUGGCCUCAUGUUACCUAAAACAGGGGAAGUACAGACAGGCUGAGGCCUUGUACAAGGAGAUCCUCACACGAGCCCACGAGAAGGAGUUUGGGUCUGUGGAAGGGGACGGCCGUCCUGUCUGGAUCCACACAGAAGGCAGUUCCCGGCAGGACGGGACGGAUGGUCUGAAGCGCAGUGGCUCCUUCACCAAGCUCAGGGAGUCCAUCAGGAGGAGCAGUGAGAAGCUGGUGAGGAAGCUGAAGGGGGUGGGGGUGCAGGACAGCGCCCCACGGAACCCAGGGAUGAAGAGAGCUAAUUCCCUUAAUGUGCUGAAUGUAGGAGUGAGAGAGAGCCAAGAUGUGUCACAGAAGGCCAGCACUCUCACAGAAACCCGGGGCCUGAGUUGCAGCACCCAAAAUUUGGCCCGCCGGGGGUCCCUCAGUGGAGCUAGCUAGCGGUGCGUCCGUUCCUUCACCUCUGACAUUUCACAUUUGACCUUUUUACCUUCAACGCAUUUGCACCAAGCUCCAGAAGUGCUGGGCCAUCCCCCCCGUCCAUCCAUCUCAGUGGACUGGCCCCACCUCAGACUGACUCCAACACCUCUCACACACCAGCAGUGUAGAGCACUGAUUUCCAGUGUGCACGUUACACACACACACACACACACACACACACUCCCUGUGUCUGUUAAUACUGCUGUCAAUCACCAAGAGAAAAACAGGGUCAGUCGCAUGGUCUCCUCAGAAAAACCCAGAAGACAUCGACACCAUAAGAGUCCUACGUCAGACCAGUCGAAGUUUUGCUCUGUCUGUGAGUAUGUAGGGUGUGUGCGGAUCGUGUUGGUUUGUUUGUGAGAUCAACUGGGUCUCUACAAGCUGAUGUAGUGUACUAGAAUGUAGAGCGCGGUUACAAUCCAUGAGGAUUUUUGUAGAGAAUGUUUUUAUAGUCAGUUUUCAGAGCCAGAGCCGUUCAGGCUUUGAAAAGGUUUUGAAAAAUGCUAUUAAUUGCUUUUAAUAUUUAUUUUUAAACGUUUAUAUAUUCCAAACACACUACAUAACAAUGUAUAAAAUGACCCCGAAAUCAAAAAAUUGCACUACCUUUUACUCCCUAUGCUGAAGAUGUAUAUAAAAAAAAAUGUGGUUUGCAAUUUUAUCUUUUUGAAAUAAUUACAGAAGGGACAGCGCUUAUCAACCGAAGGGCACCUCAGACAAUGGCUGAACAUUCCGUUUUGUUUCAUGAUGUAACCAAAUGACACUUUUUGUCUCAAAGGAAAGUUACUUGCACAGUGGAUAGACUGAAAUUGUGGUAAACGUACCAAACUUAUAUACUCACCAAUUCUUCAUUUUAGGUCUUUGCAAUUCACACAAAAUGAAGGGGGAAUAUAUUAUCAAACCAUAGGUUUUUUUGCUUUUUUUUUUUUUUUUUUGCUUUUUUACAAAUAAUUAUAUGAGCAAUCAGAAAUCUUGACUUGUGUCUUGUAAUGGUUGGUUGACAUUUAUAUCACGCCUUUAUACAAAACACUGUACAACUGAUGCUUCUCAUUCACCCAUUAAUACACACACACACACGAUUGGCUGUCAUGCAAGGCACCAACCAGCUCGUCAGGAACAUUUAGGGUUUAGGUUUCAGGUUUCUUGCUCAAGGACACUUCGAUACACCCAGCAACGGGAUCGAACCAACAACUCUCCGACUGCCAGACAACUGCUCUUACCACCUGAGCCAGUGUUGCCCCUUUACCUUUCAUCUACUCUGCACUAGUGCAGUUUUAGCCUUAAUCUUAAAGUCUAAAAGGCUAAAUUUAAAUCAUGUUGUAAUAUUUUGGGUGCAUAAUUAGUUGGGUCCUUUACAGUUGUUGCAUCCCGUUGAUUCUGUCCAGCUUCGAUGUCUCUCAAAGGCUUUCAAAGAUUGUUGCUAAUGUGGGAUAAUUCUUAAGGCAUAAUUCAUGUUAGGCCUGAAAAUAAAUUUAGCCUGUUGGGGCUGGAGUUUUAGUUUUCCCUUGGAACUUGUGUGAAUUAUCCACUUUUCUCCCGGUAGCAGUUUGAAUGUUACAGAAAUAGCCUCAACGACGUGAGCGGAAAUGCAACGCAGCCUUUGUUUUUGGGAAUUCUAUUACUGUUUAUGUGUGAAACUGUCAAAAGGAAACAGGCUUAAAUUGCACAUGAUUAACCAACUGGCUUCAUGAACAUUAUUUUAUGUUAGUUAAUAUUACAGGCAUCUGUGAUAGGCUCAGUGAUAGAAUGUACAUUCUUACUGAUAGCAUUGCAAGCAUUGAUAGCAUUGUGGGAAAUGUCCUAUAACUUAUGGAAUGUUUUUAACUUAAUGUUUAAAAAAUAAUUGUAAUAAACCUUACAUGUUUUAUUAAACAUGUAAAUUGUACAAAAUAAUUCUAAGGGACAUUUUUAGGAGAGUGCAUCAAAGACUGUCUUUACUUCAUGUGAGUGUUCUUGUCAUUAGUUCAUGUUUUCUCUGACCAUGACAGACUUUGCUGUUACUGUUUUGUUUUUAUGUUUUUAUGUAUUAUAGGAAUAGGAAUUAGAGUGACAAUGUGUUUUUAUUUUUUUUAACUGGUUUCAGGUUUCUGAAUGACAUUCCUCUCUGUAAAACAACAGUUACAUUAGUUUGUGCCUCUGUGAAGAACAUUUUGCAAUAUGAUUUUCAGGUUGAGAAUUGAGGCAGAACACAUUUUCCUCUACUAAAGGUCAAGUUAGGGCAAUUGGAUUUGUGACAGAAAAGGGGUGGGAGGUCGGUUUGAUAACGGCCAUAUGAAUUUGUAGUGGAAUAUGUAUGUUGUGUAAUGUUAAUUUGGCUGGCUGGUGUAAAGCUUGUCAGCAUUGCACUACGGGCAGCAGAGUGGAGCUGCUUUUCCUAACCUCGCUACAUCCAUGUCACGCAAACUCUUGCGUAUCCAUUACAUUAAAUUAUUAGCAGAUGCUCUUAUCCAGAGCGACGUACAGUUGAUUAGACUAAGCAGGAGAGGGUUAAGGGCCUUGCUCAAGGGCCCAACGGCGGUGCGGAUCUUAUUGUGGCUACACUGGGGAUCGAGCCACCGACCUUGUGUGUCCUAGUUAUUUACCUUAACCACUAUGCUUCAGGCCGCCCACCACCCAUCCAUCACCCAUCUCACCUCUGUGGUGGUUUGGAAUGUGAUUUUCAAUUCAGUAUGGAUAUCUUAUCUUUGUUGCCCUCCCUGAGGGUCUAGUUUUGCUAAAAAAAAACGAACAAAAACGUGUGUACAAUUAUCCUACAUACAAAGAUGUUCUGACAUUUUCUGUCAUAUUCAAUUGAGGGAUUGGAUUGGUGGAGCAGAAAAAUGUGCAAGUCUCGAUUGACUCCAAUUCAGUGCUGUUACAUGAGACUGCUGCUAACACAGAGGAAACUAAAUGUUUUCUGUGACUGCUUUUGUCCAGUUAGCCACUGUACACACAAGACCUAGCUAGAGCUGUCACUGUCAACCCUAGAUCACAAAAAACAUUUGAGUGUGUUUUAUAUUUGUAAUCAAAUCAUUGCAGGAAUGUGAAAUAA